CCCCCUUUUCUCGUCAGCCUGGCGCGCUGUGACGUCAUGAGGCUGCGCCGAGCGACGAUCCCAGAUCCCGGAAGUGCCCCUGCUCCAGUUUUGGCGCCGGACCUGGGACCCAAGGUCUGACCAAGGUGCUGCUCUGUGGGUUCCUGGACCCCUGAGGUGGGACAUUUGCGAGUCUCAGCUUCGUGACCGAGGGAGAGACUUUCCUUAGAGAGCUGGACGAGAGGGUUUCUUGCCUCCUGCAUCCAGGACCCUAAGGGCUGGAGAUGAAAGCAGGUUUGCAUUGAAUGCUUAUUGCUCACUGUCUGAGAGUGAAAAACCAGAGGAAAAUGGUUGAUGGCAGAAGUUUGACGAUGCAAACACUGGAAUCAGUGACCUUCAAUGAUGUAGCCAUAGACUUUAAUGCUGAAGAGUGGGCCUUGAUGGACACAACCCAGAGAAACCUGUUCAGAGAUGUUAUGCUGGAGAGUAUCAGUCAUCUGGUGUCAGUGGGGUAUCAGCUCUGCAAAUCAGAAGUGGUUUCCCAGUUGGAACAAGGCGAGGAAUUGUGGAGAGAAGGAUUAGGAUUUCUCCAAGGACAGAGUACAAGCAGACAAAAUGACCACAGAAAAGAAGAAAUGACCAUGCCGUGUGUCUGUGAUAAGGACAAGUAUACCAUCCAGUCAAAGCUGAUUUCUAACACUGGAGAGGAUCCCUUUGAAAGUCAUGAUUUGGGAGAAGAUUUAAUUCAGUCCACAUUGUCUGACAUGGAAACAAACCCCUAUCUAAAUGAACAAUUUCAGAAAGCUAUCAAUUCCCAGUCAUUCUUUAGUAGACAUAAGCGAAUUCAUGAUGGAAGUAAGCAGAUUCUUCCACAUGUCUGCCAUCUAUGUGGGAAAUCCUUCAGUCAACAUCGUAACCUUAAGGAACAUGAGAGAACUCACACUGGGGAGAAACCAUAUAUCUGCCAUCUGUGCGGGAAAUCCUUCACUCAUCAUAGUAGCCUUAAGCAUCAUGAGAAAAUUCACAGUGGUGAGAAACCAUAUGUUUGCCAUCUUUGCGGUAAAUGCUUCACUAAUAGGUUUGACUUCACAGAACAUGUGAGAACGCACACUGGGGAGAAACCAUAUAUCUGCCAUCUAUGUGGGAAAUCCUUCUGUCAUCGUAAUGGCCUUAGGCGACACGAGAAAACUCACACUGGUGAUAAACCAUAUAUUUGCCAUCUUUGUGGUAAAUGCUUCACUAGUAGUUCUAAUCUCAGACAGCAUAUGAGAACACACACUGGGGAGAAACCAUAUGUCUGCCAUCUAUGUGGGAAAUCCUUUAGUCAAUGUGCUAGCCUUAGGGAACAUGAGAAAACUCACACUGGGGAGGCACCAUAUGCCUGCCAUCUAUGUGGGAAAUCCUUCAUUCGACGUCGUAACCUUCAGAAACAUGAGAGAACUCACACUCGGGAGAAACCUUAUAUCUGCCAUCUAUGUGGGGUAUCCUUCACUCAUCAUGGUAGCCUUAAGCAUCAUGAGAAAACUCACAGUGGUGAGAAACCAUAUGUUUGCCAUCUUUGUGGUAAAUACUUCACUAAUAGGUUUGACUUCACAGAACAUGUGAGAACGCACACUGGGGAGAAACCGUAUCUCUGCCAUCUAUGUGGGAAAUCCUUCUGUCAUCGUAAUGGCCUUAGGCGACAUGAGAAAACUCACACUGGUGAUAAACCGUAUGUUUGCCAUGUUUGUGGUAAAUACUUCACUAGUGGUUCUAAUCUCAGAAAGCAUAUGGGAACACAUACUGGGGAGGAACCAUAUGUCUGCCAUCUAUGUGGGAAAUCCUUCAGUAAAGGGACUGCCCUUAGGGAACAUAGGAAAACUCACACUGGGGAGGCACCUUAUGUGUGCCAUCUAUGUGGGAAAUCCUUCACACGAAGUCGUAACCUUAGGCUACAUGAGAGAAUGCACACUGGGGAGAAACCAUAUGUGUGCCAUCUAUGUGGGAAAGCCUUCCGUUAUAGUUCUACUUAUAGGCGACAUGUGAGAAGUCACACUCAGGAGAAACCAUAGGUCUGCCAUUUAUGAGGGAAUCUUAAAUUCAGUGUGGUACUCCUAGGCAACUUGGGAGGUCUCACUCUGGGAAGAAACCAUAUGUCAACAGUUUUUUUGUGGAGAAACCUUCACUGAUAGGCUUAUCUUCAGACAACAUGCGAUACUAACACUGGGGAGAAAACAUGUCUGCCAUCUAUGUGUGAAAACCUUUAGUUUUUCUCAACGUACUUGCAAAUAAUUAUGAGGUAAAAACUGUACCUCAAAAUUCUAUGAUGUUGGUCAGCUUCUAUUUUUUCACACAAUUGUAACCAUAAAUAUGACUCUGUUAAACUAGGGAACUUUGAACAUGAACUGUAUAAUCUACAGACCAAGAUUAUGUGUCAUAAAUCUUUUAUACUCUGAACAUGUAUGAAUACACCAGUAAUGAUAGAUUAUAAAUACUAACUUUGGAUUCAUUUCUAGUGAUACAUUUUCUUUUCCACUGCCACUGUUGGUCUUUUACAUUAAAAUGGAAUUGAAAGUAACUCUUACAGGAAUAAUAAGGUUGUAAGUCAUGGAGUAUUCGGUAGCCUGGGAAUGGAAAAUACCCCAGUCUUGAACAGGCAUUGGGGUCAUUCCCUCCAUUAAAAAUGUGUGGUGCAGGAUACAAGAUGGCAGAUUAGGAGAGAUAGAGCAAAAUUUUCAUCUGUAAAAAACACUAGAUAAAAGACAAAGUGCCCCAGAAUAGCAGUUCCAGGAUUCCACUGCUGGGCACUUCUACAUCCAUAGUGACAGUGCACUUGGAGAAACUGAGAGACUGUGUUUGGAAUUGUGCUGGUUUGAAUGUAUUAUCUCCCCCAGAAAAAGCCAUAUUCUUUGAUGCAAUCUUGUAGGGCAGACAUUUUAGUGCUGAUUAGAUUGGAAUUCUUUGACUGCUUUCAUGGAAAUGUGCCCCACCCAACUGUAGGUGAUCACUCUCACAAGAUAAUUUCAAAUCUUAUCUUAUGACAAGAUAAUUUCCAUGGAGGUGCUGCUCCACCCAUUUGGGGUGGGCCUUGAUCAGUGGAGCCAUAUAAAUGAGCUGAUGGGCAGAGGGAACUCAGUGCAGCUGUCAGUGAAGUUUUG